ACUACCAUGUUAUCGUUCAAAAUAUCGAUUGUGUUUUUUUGUUUGAUAGCUCUUUGCUACUGUGACACAUCAACUGAAAGGAAAAAGAAAUACCAUCAUAAACAUCUAUUCUUUCACGAGUUUCAUUAUUUACUAUUCUUGGCGUUGAAGGUAAAGUUUUUCCUUGUACUUGGAACCAUUUGGGCAUUCUCGAUAUUUUUUGGAAAAGUGUUCGCUGCCAUCAAACUAGCUGAAUAUAUGAAAAAAAAUUACUAUCACGACGAUCACCAUGAAAAAAUAGUAUACGCACCUUCCCAUCACGAGUCAUUCGAAUACUCAGGACCGUAUGGUAAAUCUUACUCCAGUGGUUCUUUCCCGGAAUUUUCGAUUGACCACCAUCCUGGAAGUGAUUUCACGCAGGAUUUUUCACCUCCGGACUCCUAUCCAGCAGAAAAUUAUGGAGCUAGUGCUCCAGGUGACGGUUAUGACCCCUCCCGUACUGGAAACACCGGCAGAAGCGAUGACGGAAAUGGUGGGGGUAUUUUCGAAAGUCUAAGCACCUUUUCACGUAUUGUCAGAAAGUUGAACACAACUGACGUGAUAUUUAGAGACAUGCACUUGAGCAGUGACGAAUGUAAGAGAAAAUUUGUUUGCGAGGCGGAGUUUAAUGUCAGGCAAAGCUACAUACUCAAAGCUGCCUAUGAUUUAUUGAGUGAUGACUCCUACCAAAAAUACAAGCAAAAUGAAACGAUUACGACGAUAGAUGACUGCGGAAAGCUAAAUCCAACAUGCCAUGAAGAUACGACAAGGUAGUAAGUCGUACUUUGUCACUAUGAAAAUUCCUAUAAAAACAGAUGCCGGGUAUGAUGGAAUCAGAACAGCGUAAGAUACAAAACUGUCUUGGAGCCAACUAGAUUCCAUUAGGACUAUCUAUUAAUUUAUUAUUAUUUAUAUAUUAUUUAUUUCAACAGUGUUCACAAAAUACAUUUUGGGAACUAUACAUUAAGUAGAACACUCUUGCAAAAUCCAACACAUGAGACUUCUUUUUUCAAUAGUUUGAUAUCUCACCAAUGACGGAACAUAGAAACAUUCUCAUCUACAUACACAGACCAUCUGACUGUUAUAUACCAGACGAAGAAUCCACCAAAAGAAGAAAAACUUUCGACAAACUGAACUUAAACUAAUACUUGAAAUCAGACGCAUAGUUGAAUAUCAAUAGACUGACUACUUACAACUUCAAAGUCUGUCAACUUUCUACUGCAUAAGCUUCCUUUUAAUUAACAUUUACGUUUGGAAACAUUACCGAUAUCCUCAUUUAAUGAUUCUUGCGAAUGUAUCUUUCUAUCAACUGCUUAGUUUUUCCGUUUCUAUAUAACUGACAGCUUAAGUGGAGAAUAUAAAUGAGUCAUAAUAAAAUAGCAAUAUUAACUUACUAUAAGAAAUUAAUUUUCAAAUAUUUAUAUUAUGAUGGAAUACGGCUUGUUAAAAACAUUCUAUUUAUUGAAAACUAACAUAACCUAUUACCUAACUUUAACCUAACCUAACCUAUCCUAACCUAACCUAACCUAACCUAACGGAAACUAACCUAACUUCUAAUCUGUCCAUUCCUUGAGACCGACGGUCAAAAAAUGUGCAAAGAAUCACAUUAUAUGACAGAAAAUGAAAGACGGUUACAACAAUGACAGAUUGACAGAACAAAUAAUUGAAAAGUUUGACGGGCAUAGAAUCACAUGACAAGACUAAGGGAAACACAAAGUUAUAGACGUGUUGAAUAUAUUAAAAAUUGCGAUUGGAAAGAGACUAAUAAAGUUGACAUAAAUGUUUUGACAGUAACUAGCUCGAGGAGAAAUUGACGAACAAACAUAAGAAAAUUAAAAUGAAAUUUUUCAACUAGAUGAAAAAAUGUAAUGUGUAAAUGCAAUUUGAAUAUUGUU